AUGGCGCCCUCGCACGUACUAAGAUGCUGUCAGCGGGGCUUAUCCUGGAUACCUGUUAUUUUCAUAAACCUGGUCGUCGGCUGGUCGUAUUAUGCUUAUGUCAUGGAACUCUGCAUAUACACAAUCCCCAACCCGGAGGAACAAGUCAUCUACCUGGUGGUGUUUCACCUGUCCUUCAUCAUGUUCAUGUGGUCCUACUGGAAAACCAUCGUCUCCAGGCCAACCAACCCAUCCAAAGAGUUCUGUCUUCCUAAGGCAGAGAAGGAGCAGUAUGAGAAGGAGGAGCGAGCAGAGGUCCAGCUGGAGAUCCUCAAGAAAGUCUCCAAAGGCCUCCCCAUAUACACACGCACGGGAGGAGGAGCUAUCCGCUACUGCGAUCACUGUCAGGUGAUCAAGCCUGACCGCUGCCAUCACUGCUCCACCUGUGACCAAUGUGUGCUGAAGAUGGAUCAUCAUUGCCCAUGGGUGAAUAACUGCGUGGGGUUCUCUAACUACAAGUUCUUCGUGCUGUUUCUGGGAUACUCCAUGAUCUACUGCCUCUUCAUCGCUGCCACUGUGCUGCAGUACUUUAUCAAGUUCUGGACAAAUCAGCUGCCUGACACUCAUGCCAAGUUCCAUGUUCUGUUCCUGUUCUUCGUGGCCACCAUGUUCUUCAUCAGCAUCCUGUCCCUCUUCACGUACCACCUCUGGCUGGUGGCCAAGAACCGCACCACCAUAGAGGCGUUCAGGGCUCCCAUGUUCAGGAACGGAGCUGAUCGGAGCGGCUUCACUUUGGGCUUCAGGAAGAACGUGGCCGAGGUGUUUGGGGACCAGAAGAGAUACUGGCUCCUCCCCAUCUACACCAGUUUGGGUGAUGGCCACACAUUCCCCACCCGCCUGGUCAACAUAGACCCAGAACAGCUGAUCGGGGACCAGUCCAACUCCAAAUGUGCUUUAGAUGGAGAGAGUGUGAUGAACUCACACAACCAUCUACUGGAUGAGGGCCAGAAGACUGAGGAUGGAGGACCCACAGUAACGGUCACAGUGGAGAACGAGUCCUAGUCAGGGAGGGAUGGAGCCACACACGCCGCUUUGGUGGUCAAAACCUGCAGAGGACCCAAGUUAUCUUUACACACACACACACACACACACACACACACACA